AUGGCAAUAGCUUGGAGGCUUCUCACGUGGACUGUGGUCUUCACAGCGGCUGUGUGCACCUUUUCUGGUUACACGUUCCAGUCACAAGAGGAGUUCCUCUCCAGCCUCGAUCACUAUGAAAUUGCGUUCCCCAUCCAAGUGGACCAAAAUGGGGACUUCCUCACCUUUGACGUGAGAAGCCAGCUGAAGCAACGUCCUCGGCGCAGUCUGGGCUCCUUGCCCUAUGAGCCGUCUGAGCAGCAGGUCUUCUACAAAGUCUCUGCCCACCGAACCCAGUUCCUCCUCAACCUGACAUUACACUCCAACCUGCUGGCCGAGCACUUCACUGUCGAAUACUGGAAGCGAGAUGGUGUGGACUGGCAACAUGAUUUCCAUGAGGACUGCCACUAUGCGGGCCACUUGCAGGAUCAGUACCUGAACUCAAAAGUCGCCAUCAGCAACUGCAAUGGACUGCAUGGGGUGAUUGUUGCAGAUGAAGAAGAAUAUUUCAUUGAACCGCUGAGCCCAGGAGCCAAUGUCAGCACAGGGAGCGAGGGCAAAGGCAGCCCCCACGUCGUGUACAAGCGAUCGUCUCUCCAGUACCCACACAUGGAUGCAGCCUGCGGCGUGCUAGAUGAGAAGCCCUGGAAAGGGAGACACUGGUGGCUGCGGACGCUGAAGCCCUCCCCUCUGAAGCCAUCGGGCAACCACAGCCAGCGAGGCCAGCUGCCCCUGAAGAGAUCCGUCAGCACGGAGCGCUACGUGGAGACCCUGGUCGUGGCUGACAAAAUGAUGGUGGGGUACCAUGGGCGGCGGGACAUAGAGCAGUACAUCCUGGCCAUCAUGAAUAUUGUUGCCAAACUUUUCCAGGACUCGAGUCUGGGCAAUAUUGUCAAUAUCCUGGUCACCCGGCUGAUCCUUCUCACCGAGGAUCAGCCCACACUGGAGAUUAACCACCACGCCGGGAAAUCCCUGGACAGCUUCUGCAAGUGGCAGAAAUCCAUUGUGAACAGGAAUGGCAAUGGGAAUGCUAUCCCUGAGAAUGGCAUAGCCAACCACGACACUGCGGUGCUGAUCACCAGAUACGACAUUUGCAUCUACAAGAAUAAACCGUGCGGCACCCUGGGCCUGGCCCCCGUUGGCGGGAUGUGCGAACGAGAACGAAGCUGCAGCAUCAACGAGGACAUUGGCCUGGCUACAGCCUUCACCAUUGCCCACGAGAUCGGCCACACGUUUGGCAUGAAUCACGAUGGGGUCGGCAACAGCUGUGGCUCUCGUGGGCAAGAAACGGCCAAGCUCAUGGCUGCUCACAUCACCAUGAAGACCAACCCCUUUGUAUGGUCCACAUGCAGCAGGGAUUAUAUCACCAGCUUCCUGGACUCCGGGAUGGGAUUAUGCCUGAACAACGCUCCUCCCAAGCAAGACUUCAUCUACCCAACGGUGGCUCCAGGACAGGCCUAUGAUGCAGAUGAGCAGUGCCGUUUCCAGUACGGAGUUAAAUCUCGCCAGUGUAAAUACGGG